AGGAAAGGCUAUUGUGAUCCACACUCCAUAUCAGAAGGUGGCGGUAAUGCGCACUUAAAAGUUGUUUGCCAACCGCCAUUAAAAGAAAGAAGAAGAAGACGUAUGUGGCCGACAAACGCGACAUCCGGUUGACUCUUCCUUCCACAGAAUGACAUUUCAACAUGGCGUCGCUCUGUAAGGUGAUCUACAACGUGAGCGCCAGAUCGUCUUCGCUCCCAAAAUACAGUGUUUUUACCACACUCAGAUCAUUACACAGCUCGGAUGCGAGCGGACCUACUGGAGGAGAUGCGGGUGCGGAUGAUAAAUCAUCGGAGAAAGUUAAGAGUGGGUUUGCAGCCGCGUAUGAGCUGCAUUCGGACAUGCAACAACAACAGAGGGGCGAUCAGGGCGCAGCGGUGCGGCUCAGCUCCAGGGACGAGACCUCUUUCGCUUCGCUCUUACGGCACUCCCCGCUCAUGCAGAUGGGACCUGCCAAAGACAAGGUGGUAGUUGGCAAAAUAUUUCAUAUCGUCAAUGAAGAUCUGUACAUAGAUUUCGGUGGGAAGUUCCACUGUGUGUGCAAGAGGCCGUCCACGGAUGAGCAGAAGUAUCAGAGGGGCAGCAGGGUGAGACUGAGGCUGGAGGAUCUGGAGUUGACCUCACGGUUCCUGGGAGCGAGCACCGACACGACGCUACUGGAGGCGGACGCCACUUUACUGGGACUGUUGGAGAGCAAAGAGGCCAAGGCGAAAGAGUAGCUGGAGACCACUCAGAUUGAAUUGUGUGAAUGGACUUUAUAUUGUGCUGCAUGACAAAUUAAAAUAAACAUUACGCCUUCUCAGAAUUGUAUUAUUGUUAUUAAUGUUGCCUGGCAUCUUAUUUGUAAUAAUCAAUCUGUAUUAUGUAUGUUGGCAUCUGCCAUAAAAAUCCAAUUGGUUAACCACUAGUUUAGUAGUGCUGCAGUAAAUCCAUGGUAUGUUUUUUAAAAAAAAGGUCCAACAUAAACUACUGUUACAAGGUGACAUAUCACACAUUACAAUACCUAGUUAAGAAACAUAUGCAAAAGUCAAAUAUGAUAUUUUAUAUUUAGAUGCACAGCAUGAAAACAAUCUAGUAGAGCAAAAUUCCCUGAAUGCUUUAGCUUGAGUUACGUAUAUAAUGAUUAGAUUAUUAAUUAAGCAUUGAAUCACAGUGAUAAAAGCUGAGUCGUAACAUUACCCCUGGAAAUAAAAUGUUAAUUGUAUUUUUAAAGACACCAGUGCAUAAAGGUAAAGUUAAUCUACCAUCAUCAAAUACACAGCACUAUAUGUGCAAGGUACAAUAACGCAGGGUUAUUGUCAUACUGUGUUAAUUAGCUCUCUGAAAUGCAGCAAUAAAUAUUUCCAUCAUGGCAUUUACAUCUCUGAAAUGAUCUCACCAAAGAUUAAAUGGUCUUAUUAAUGUAGUGGUCAGUUUAGUGGUGUAGAAUACAUCUUGUAUUAUAAGGAGGUCCCAUUUUUUGGGCAAAAGCAGAAGCUCGGGAGA